GUAUGCUUCAGAAUAAGCUAGCUGAACAACAAAAUCUCCCUUUUUAUAACCUAGCUUCGCCUGCACACUCACAUUCGCACAGCGCUCGUGUAUGGAAACGCGUAUGUGCAUGUGCGUGCGCUCAGCUAAAUGAUAUAAAAGAGUGGAAAAUUGUGCGUAGCCCUGUUAUAAAUCGUGAACUUCUGAACAGUACGGUCGGUUAGCGCUUGACAUCGAAAAUGACUGGACGAGGAAAAGGAGGCAAAGGUCUGGGUAAAGGAGGAGCCAAGCGUCAUCGCAAAGUGCUGCGUGAUAACAUCCAGGGCAUCACCAAGCCGGCCAUCCGUCGUCUGGCCCGCCGUGGAGGAGUGAAGCGUAUCUCUGGCCUCAUCUACGAAGAAACGCGUGGCGUGCUGAAAGUGUUCUUGGAAAAUGUUAUCCGCGAUGCGGUCACCUAUACCGAACACGCCAAGCGCAAGACCGUCACCGCGAUGGAUGUAGUGUACGCGCUGAAGCGUCAGGGUCGCACGCUGUACGGUUUCGGAGGUUAAGCCGCACCCACCAGCCAACGCAGAUUUUGCCCUCAUCUCAACGGUCCUUAUCAGGACCACACAUCCUUUGCGUCAAAAUUCUUUUUCUUAUGGUUUCGAAUGUAAGUGCGUAAGAUUCAUUUGAGGUAUUGAGAAACAUUUUUACCUGAUUGACAUCAUCCACCAAAGCGUUAGUCAAGCGCCUUGAUUCGCGUGGUGUACAUACAUCACGCAUUACGAAGAACAUGCAGCCGAAGGCAGACAAUACGGUGAAAUCUCGUUUGUUUCUAAAUAAUAAAUAAACUCACCGAAAGCUGUAAACCGAAUUAUAGCUCCAUGGGUUCUCACCAGCAAGGAAAUAAGGUACAUGUUUUUUCCUCCAGCGGGCGUCACGUAGAAGUUCGUUGAGCCAAAAAGAAGAAGCCGAUGAGCAUCGCGUCGAUUCUCCACCGCGUUCCAGUCCUGAAAUGGUCGGUUCAGCCGUGUGCAUGAGUGUGUGUCUGUAUGUACGCGCUACGGAUUGAGAAUGUCUGAAGUGUGUAAAACGGGGAAAUUUGUCUCUAUUCCGUUUGCAACACUUUCAAAAAUCGGCGUUUGUUAAGAUGAAGCACGAAGCAUUUCACAAAUCCAGUAUUUUUCAAGACUUACGAAAGAUAUUUCAACAUAUUUGUGUGUUUUACAUGAUUUACCAAAUCCGAAAAUUAUCUAAAAAUGGUACCUCUCUUUUUUGGCCUUGUCACAUUAAAAAAAGAGCGUGAGCUGGAGCGAGAAGGAACACGGUUAAGAAAAAUUCGCUUUAAAGUGGUAACUGAUCAAACUGAACUUAUCAUAUUCGGUUUAUUUUUCAUGAAACAUGAAACAUUCCAUCAAAUCAGUCUUUUCUAAGACUAACACACACGAUAUCGGAAAGAUAUUCGCUUUUGCCCUCCUAAGGAGUAUUAAAAUCGAUCAUUGUUUUUUCUCAUACCUAAAAAUCAUGCGCAUUUAACUUAUUUUCCACCAGCACAUAGCUAUCCGAAAAUUAAAAUUCCCCCGCUGAAAAUACCGUUAAGUGCGAGUAUCCUCACACACGUAAGUUAGAGCGAGAUGCAAUUCCUUAGUGAAAAUUCGCACUAAUUUCUUAGCUGGAAAGAAGAACAAUGGAAGGCACAUUUCGUCCGUGGCUCGGUGUCCGUUUUAAAGCAUGUUAAAAUUUGUGCCCCCCCCGAUUUCAAAACUUUGCAAAUUCGUUCCUGUUUCUUACGCUAAACAUAAAGCGUAACAUAAAAUCAGUCUUUCUUAAGGGUAAAAUACACGAUUUCGAAAAGAUUUUCGGUUUUGACCUUUCAAAAUUUAUUAAAAUUUAUCGUGUAUUUUUUCUUAUGGCAUAAUCAUGCGCAUGUAACUUAAUUUGUUCAAGCAAAUAUAAUUUCACCCGAUGAGAAAUACCGUUAAGUGCAAGUGUACUCACACACCAACGCAACGAAAGAGAGCGCGUAAGUUAGAGCGAGAUGCAAUUCCUUAGUGAAAAUUCGCACUAAUUUCGUAGCUGGAGAGAAGGACAAUGGAAGGCACAUUUCGUCCGCGCUUGGGUGUCCGUUUUAAGGCAUGUUAAAAUUUGUGCCCCCCCGAUUUCAAAACUUUACAAAUUCGUUCCUGUUUCUUACGCUAAACAUAAAGUGUAACAUAAAAUCAGUCUUUCUUAAGGCUACCACACACGAUUUCGGAAAGAUUUUCGCUUUAACCCUUUCAAAAUUUAUUAAAUUUUGUCGCGUUUUUUUAUUUAAUAAUCAUGCGCAUGUAACUUAAUUUGCUCAUAUAUACAACAAAUAUGUUUUGUUCCUUGCACGGUUUGAACAUUGCUAUUUGCACACGCAAAAGCAUAAAACAUUAGAAGAGUGGCAAAAUUCGUUAGGUAAAACGUUUCUAGUAGUCUGGCAAUCAUUUUAUCUAGGUAUGUGUGUUCGGGAUACUAAAUACCGAGAGAGAGGACACGAACUCUGACACGACUUUGACCCGACUCUCACUCCAAUAUUAGUAUUUCAUUAUGCAAGGAACCGAACGCAGCUCAGUCUACUUCGUACAGUCGAUCGGUCCGGUUCUUUCGCGUUUAGUGGAGCUCACUAGUCCGUGUUUGUGUGUGUGUGUGCGUUUUAGUAAUUCACAGUGAAGUGGUGUGUGUAGUGUGCAGUGAAAAGCUUAAACUGCGCCGCCCACACUUUUUGCGUUGCUUACCGUGAUUUUUUCACUGUGGCACGAAAUGCGUGUAGGAUCAUAUUUUUUCCUACUAUUUUAGUGUCCCUGAACAGUGCGUUUCCGGUGCGUUCACCGAAAGAGGGAGCGAGGAGUGCGUGCAGUGAAUCCCGUCGGCCGGGAAGAAAAAAAUUGCGCUCCUAUAUUUAAAUAGUUGUUGUUGCUGCUGCUGCUGCUUCUUUUUAUAAUAAUAUGGAGCGGCUGCAGCGGUACGAAACCAGGCAUCGGCGGUGGACAGGGACAGCGAUUUUAGUGUCCCUGAAUUGUGCGUGAGUGGCCUGGAAGUGCGUGGAAUAAGUGCGUUUUCGGUGCGUUUCCGGUGCGUUAACCGGGAGAGGGGGCGAGGAGUGCGUGCAGUGAAUCCCGUCGGCCGGGAAGAAAAAAAUUGCGCUCCUAUAUUUAAAUAGUUGUUGUUGCUGCUGCUGCUGCUUCUUUUUAUAAUAAUAUGGAGCGGCUGCAGCGGUACGAAACCAGGCAUCGGCGGUGGACAGGGACAGCGAUUUUAGUGUCCCUGAAUUGUGCGUGAGUGGCCUGGAAGUGCGUGGAAUAAGUGCGUUUUCGGUGCGUUUCCGGUGCGUUAACCGGGAGAGGGGGCGAGGAGUGCGUGCAGUGAAUCCCGUCGGCCGGGAAGAAAAAAAUGCGCUCCUAUAUUUAAAUAGUUGUUGUUGCUGCUGCUGCUGCUUCUUUUUAUUAUAAUAUGGAGCGGCUGCAGCGGUACGAAACCGGGCAUCGACGGUGAACAGGGACAGCGAUCCGAAAUCGUGAUCGAGUGAAACUUCAGUGCAAUUGGAAUGUGAGUAGUGAGCAAAAUAGUAAACAUUGAUUCGGAAGAAAAGUUUUUGUGCAUGAUUACGUGUACACACAAUAUUAUCAAAAGGAUCGUAAUGAAAGUUCAAGUUUGCGUUUCUAUCGUGAUCAGUGAGCAUCCUUCGGAAAAAAAACCCGAAUAACAGUAAAAUUGGUUCAUCGAGGGAGCAACCGAAAGGAGAGAAGUGCAUGCCGCGUACUGAAACAGGUAAGAGUAAAUAAUGUUUCUUUCGUAUGGAUUGUUUAUGAUGCUGUUGCUGCUGCUGAUGACGAAUGCGUUUUGAGAUGGUUUCGCAUACAUUGGAAUGCAAUGGGCUCGGUGCAUUCCAGAAUAACGGUUUGU